AUGCUCAACUCGAUCGCCACCUGCGCAAGGACGGUCGCCCGCGAGCCGAGCUGGGACACAUUCGUGGCCUCGCGAUUCGUCUUCUGUAACCCGACAUGUUCGUUCCGCUCAUCGCGCUCUCUGGCACUCAACAAGGACACUGCGGGCGGGUGCGUACAAGAACCCACGCUGUUCGAGCAAACGAAGGGCCCUGCGCCGACGCGCGAUGGGCUCGCGCUCAAUAUCUCCGCCGCAUUUAUCGUGGCAAUGUUCUGGGGUUCGCUCACCAAAGUGCGCCCACUGGCGUACUACCCCAACGGGUCCCCGUAUCGAUCCAUGCGGCACGCGUUCGCGUCGAUCUCGCAGGAGGGCUCCGCGCGCGCCGUCGCCCGCACGCUUCCCACUCAGUGGUGCAUGUUGUUGUGGUCUGUUUCCUACUUUAUAGCGGUUAUCAAGACUUUGAACGCUGAUCUCCCGCUCGCGCUAACCAUUCUACCCUCCUUAUAG